GCCUUCUCAGUCCAGGAGGAGAAUAUAUAAUGAGAGGUCUCGAAAGACUCGAUGCUGUAUCAUACCACACCAUUCGCCACCUUGCGCUAUACAAAGACUUUCUUCGUCUAUUCCCAAAAUCACUCGCCCUCUCGUCGUGCCUCCCAAAAGCCGAGCUCAAGAGAGACUCUUUGCCCUAAAUCAUCCAGCGCCAACCCAACAAGAAAAACAACCAUGUCGAGCUAUGGUUCCGAUGAUUCGGAUACCGAUGCGCAGCCAUCUUACGGCGAAGCGACUGUAGACGAUUUGCGAAAGCGCGCUCGACGUUUAUUGGAAUCGACAGAGCAUGCUGAUGACCUCGACGACUUGCGUCAACUGUUAGCCAAGGAAUUCCUCGGUAAAGAAUAUCACCGAAGCGCAACGGCCCAAUCCUUGUUUGAGCGGGCUGCGGAAGAAACGAAAGUGGGCGAUUUCCACUCCGCUUGCAAUAACGCAAAGGCAGCUUUGGAACGGCUAGGAGAGGGAGUGAGCUCCUUUGAAAAAGGAUCCGAACCCAUCGACUUUGCCAAUGGAUACAAUGCUUACGAGGUGAGAGACAAGCGGACGCAAGAAGUACAGACUCUGUACACUCGGAGGAUCUUACAGACCGACGACAAAGGUAGUGACAACGCGAUGACGAUCAACUACCCCUAUCGAGCGUUCGUGCCUUCUCGAUACGUCGGUCAGACGACUCUGAUGCGUUCAUUCACGGGUCAUCCCAAGAUGGUGGUCGAAAAGUCAUCUGGGAAACUAGAACCUCAUACCAGAACUACAAUGCGUACGCUUGAUACGGCUCGAACGAACGUGCCGACUCAGAAUCACGUCACGAGGUCUCGACCCGCCGCGCAAGGGACACAAUCAUGGACAGCAGCAGGAAGUGAGGGCAUGCCAAUGGCAUUUCCAAAGCCUCUCAGGCCGCCGCCCUUACGACAGCAGAAUGGUGCCACGCUGGAUCCCAGUCAGCCUACAAGGAGACCUGCACCAUUCUACGCGACGACUCGACAGAGCCAAGAACCCAGCAUAGCGGUACCGUCUUCGAGCAUCCACGUGCACCGUAGGGCAAUGCCUCGACCGAUCUCGGAUAGAGACGACUGGAACUCUCAAUUACCUACGGCCCCGCCUGCCGCGAGUUCCCCCGAUACUGAUGGUUCAAGGUUUCACACAUCCAUGAUGACGCCUUCGUCCUCGACGCAAUCACACGUGCGUCUACGACAAGACCUAAGCGAGCCACAGUAUAUCUCUGUCGGGCCUGUACCGUCGAAUCUGAAAGACUACGCAAAACAUUUGCCCCCUGCACAGUAUUCACAGCAGGAUCGGUUGCCUCGGUCCAGUCCGGGCAAUGGACCGGGCCAGACUACGAGGACUGCGAGCUCAUAUAUCACCGAUGGACCUGAUCAAAUCAUCACAGUAAAAUACUCACGAGACUAGAGGCUUCCCCUCGUGGUCGUCACAAAAGUCGACGCCGGAAAUUACAUUAGAGAAACAUCACAUACCUAUCCCUGUGGGUAAAGUCGUCGGACCGAGAACCGCGUCCCCUUCAGAGCCCGCCUAACACCCUGUUCACAAUUUUGUCCAUUACCAUGCGUCCAACCCCUCAUAGAUGCGUCAAAAUCACCCUCGAACCGGUCUGUGCAUUUCAGCCGCCCAGUCGCAAAAAGCAUACAAUGGAUGAGAGUAAUACGCCUGCCCAUAUAGAGUAAAAAACAAAACACAGGAUCAGCGAUUUAUGUCAGUAGACGCAUGCAACUGUGGCCCCGC